AGCGUAUGUCGUCUGCCGCUUGCAGGGCCGCAUUGCGCACAGCGCAUUAAACUUGCAUGAAACAAUAUAGUGCUAUAUAACACUGAUGACAAUCAAUACAGCAAACAUGCGCUGUUUUCUGAUCGUAGAGGGCGCAAGUAAACGUGUGUGAGAACCAUUUCAGCAUCAAGAUAUUUAAAAAUACUUUCUCGACCGACAGCACUCCAAGUAGCCUAACCAUCGACUGCGUCACACACACAAACUAAAACAAUAUUUCACAAAUCGCAGACUGCGGAUGUCGUUUAUAACAGGUGUGGUUCUUUUCGAAACUCACGAUGACAGAGUCGCCCGAAAGCACAUCGAAACUCAUCGUACCGGACGUAAACCAUGAAGCUAUAACGACAAAUCACGUGACGAAAGUCAGCAGUAUAGUUGACUCCAUGCUUCAUGUUUCGAAAGUCAACCAUGACGUUGACGCUGACACGGAUGGUCAGGAAACAGAAGCGAUUUAUGACGCUGACCAGGUAGCGAAAUUAAUUCAUUACGCGGACUCCAUUGAUCAAAUUACGGAAGUGACUCAUGACGCCGACGCAAUGGAUUGGAUUACGGAAGUGACUCAUGACGCUGACGCAAUGGACCACGAGACCGAAGUGACGAAAUUAACUGCUGCAGAAGACGUGAAAAGUUUCUACUCUGACGGCCACGCCGUGAAGUACGACACGGGCGUCAGCGAGGAAUACGUGGAGACAGAGGACGUCAUGGAGGCCGUCGACCACGAUGGCACGAGUGGGAAGGCGAAGUCCUCUUCCUACUCAAUCAGCACGGUUGCGAUGUGCAAGGCCCUGGCGAAGAAGAAGAAGCGGAGUAUUCGCAUGAAGAAGAACAUUGUGUUCCUCUUCAAGAACUUCCUCGUCUUCCUCAUCUCACACGUCGGCCUCACCAUCCUCGUGAUCGCCUACUCCAUCGGCGGGGCAGUCAUGUUCAUGAACAUCGAGUCGAACAACGAAAUCGAGAACCGCUACCUGGUGGCCAGGGUGCGCCGGCAGCACGUCAAGGAACUGUGGAAGGCCACCAGAGACCUGAACGUGCUCUUCAAGAAGAACUGGACGGCCAUCGCCGACGACGUCUUCACGAGGUUCCAGAGCUCCGUGUACACGGCCGUCAGCAACGGCUGGGACGGAGUGGACGAGGCUACGGACGUGGCGGCCAAGUGGAACUAUCCAGGAGCUCUCCUCUAUUCCGUGACUGUGAUCACCACGAUAGGUUAUGGUCACCUGACCCCACAGACGCAACUGGGACGGAUAGCGACGAUGAUAUAUGCCCUGAUCGGGAUUCCUAUCACUCUAGUCUGCAUUUCAAACAUCGGCAGCCUCAUGGCGAAAGCCUUCAAAAUCUUCUGGCAAAACUUCGCCUGCUUAUGUCAAAGGGGGAAGCGCAAAAGAACCACCGAGUUGAAAUCCGGGAAGAAGAAGCAGAAGAAGAAAGAUGACGUACAAGUUCCCAUCGUCAUAUGUCUGCUACUGAUGUUCGGCUACAUCGUCCUCGGAGCCAUGUUGUUCCAUUUCUGGGAGAAAGAGUGGACCUACUUCGAAAGUGCGUACUUCUGUUUUAUCACCCUCAGUACGAUAGGGUUCGGAGACUUCGUCCCAGGGCAGAGCAACAGGCAGUGGGAGGACACGGCGAAGCGCGUGACGAGCACCCUCUACUUGCUGUUCGGUCUGGCCCUGAUGGCCAUGUGUUUUGAGCUGAUGCAGGACGAGGUCAAGGACGCGUGUCUGGACUUCAUGAGGUGCGUGCGGUGUUGUAAGAAGAAGUCGGCAGACAACAGCAUAACAGAGGAUUCGGAACCAAAAGAGGAAGCAGUCUAAUGGACGGCUACCGUGGCUUAAAUGCAACAAGGGCGAGUCUAGGGGUAGAAUGGCGGUCCGGUCAUCUUCACCCUGGAGGUGACAGGUCCUUUAUUUCUAAUUUUUCGUAUCUUGCAUAAACAUAGGGAAGCUUUACAUUACCAGGAUAAAAUAAUGUUUCACUGACAAGACAGAUGUCAUUUCUUUUAAAUUCUGACAACCUCCUAGACACUUCUAGAUCCACCAUUGUUGUACCACAGAAGGAAAAUGAUACUAAUGUUUCACGUAUAAAUCUCUAGUCAACACGUACUUAAUUAUUGAUAGUAUAUAAGAUAUUUGGCUGGUUGAUAAAGAACAACUCGUCAAAUAGUACAUCAAAUAUGUAUCUUGUUGACACAUAAUGUAAUAUUUGUGAAUAUUCAAAAACCAAAUAUGCCUAUAAUUAUGACUGCAGCAGAACCUGGGCAGCGUGGAAGUACAAUGGUGUGUUCAAGAAGCCGGGCGCUGACGAACAGUUUAACCGGUGUAAACGGAAUGCAAGUCCGUAGGAACAGUUGUCCGCCCGGACUUAAUCUCCUAGGGAAUGCAUGUCCUAGGUCUAAUAUACCUAGGAAUGCAAGUCCUAGGACUUACGUUCCUUCG